ACCCAAUGAAUCCGAAUGAUUAAACUCCCCAACUUCCCCAAGUGACCUCUCUUUGUGUGUUUAUUCUCCGAUGCUUUCGUUUACCCCGGACCUCUUCGAGGUUGUUUCGAGGUCGGAUGACGGCAACCUAUGUGGGCGAACUCUCAAACCAAUUCCCAGAACCGUGGAGUGGACUUAACUCACACACUCCUCAAACAAAACAAAACAACCACCAGUCAUUGACCAUCAACCCGCAACAACCGCAAGCUUUGGCCCAAAUACAAAGAGGGAGGAGGGGGAUUGUCUCCGCUACCAGCUGUGGAUGACAUCUCAUCAAGCGGGGGAUGGAGUCACGAUCUCCCCCAGUUCCGCUGGUUUUAAGGUCCGUGAGUUUCUAAGGGAUGGAACUUUGUUUCUCUUCGCCUCGACCCGGAGAUCCGCAACCCCCGUCAAAACGAAACAAACAAAAACAGAAAGGGAAAAAAAAAAGAAAAGAAAAGACACAUUUAAAAAAAAAACAAGAAGCAAGGUGGCGUUGUUCCGCCCUGUUCGGAUAGGGUCGAAUCAUGAAUGCUGCGCGAUCGAACGCAUGUUCUUCUGCAGCCACCGGGGUAACCGUAGUACGGUAUCUCGGUAUACAGUACUACCUGGUACAUACAUAGGAAGGAGCAUGUCGACAUUGUUGCUUUUUCUUCGUCGUUUGCAUUGCGACUAUUGUCCUCAGAACCGCGUGAUAGAGACGCACAAAGCUCGGUCGGAGAAGACAUAUCAGGUCCCGAUAUCCGAAAGGAGGAGAGAGAUAUGUACUCAGCUCAGCUGUAUGUACACCGGGCAGUUGUUACAUGUACCCUGGAGAUCAUGGAAGAUCCAAAAGUUUAGCCUGUCGGCUUUGCAUCUAGACAACUCGGGGCUGGAACAUGGCCAGUCCGGAGCCCGAAUCUCUGGGUUACUCUUUUGUAUGGCUGUGCUGUACAAUACUAGACUAACACUGUACCACAGGGAACCACUCCUACUACCAAAGGAGUCUUCAGUUUACGUGCUACGACAUCAUGACUUCGGGGUUGAUUAUACGAGAGAGCGAGGAAUAACCCCGCUCAGCUCUGCCCUGCUCGACGUGUAUUUCUUGGCAUCAUCACACCUCCUUCGCAGCCAAUGCAGUCAGUGCAGUCAGCCGAGUAGUGUGUCAGUAGUUCCGGUGGAAUGGACCGCCGUGCUGUCGUGGUUGCACUCAUCAACCCUCGCCAAGAACCAGAAAACGCCCGCCCGUCGUUCGUAUCCACACGUGUUGAUUCCUAAGGUUAGGAUAUCAUCGCUUUGAGGACCCAAAUGAGGUUAAACCGUUUACACUACGCGAACUGAAUUCAGGGCUUCGUUCUGGUUUGCUGUCGGGCAUCCCCGGGGGUUCAGGCGAGAACCAAAAAAGAAGAAGCAGACGAAGGCCGUGCUAGUAGCUCCUAGUAGACCGAGAGUGGCUGGCGUCAUUAUACACACUAAAUGUGCCAUCACACACGCCUGGGGCCGUCAUGUAUAGCUUCGGAAGAGGAUUGACAAC